GAUAUUGACCCACUUGGGGUUAGUCCAGCUAAUUUUUAGAAGGCAGAUCUGUUACUUCUAACUUAGGAUCCCAAGAUUCUAAGCAAUGCGUGCUUGAUGCUAAUCUGUUUUAAUUUAACCGACCAGAUGCAAAUGGAAUAGCGCUAAUUUUUUUGGGACCAUUAAUUAUUUCUGAUUAUUAAUGCACGUUACGUAAUUAAAUCUAUUUACAACAUGUUACAACAAUCUCUAUAUAAGCUUCAAAACCCAUGUCACUUCCUCCACCAAUUAAGUUUUUUGAGUUUGACAUCGUUCUCAUCACAUUUGCCAUCAACUCGCAACUGCAAUGGCCGGCCUAGGCCUUUCUUUGCUGCUCAAGCUUUUCUGCAGUCUCCUUUUCCUAUCAACCAUGGCAAAACCAGCCUUUGCAAGACUUUCCAGAUCAAGGGCUUACAUCGAGGCUUCGUGCCGCACCACCCGGUACCCCGCUCUCUGUAUCAAAUACCUCUCUAGCUAUGCCAACACUACUAGCAUACAAAGUCCAGAGCAAUUGGCACACCUUGCCUUGUCUGUGAGCAUUUACCGUGCUUUGUACACAAGGAAUUAUGUGUUAAAAGUGGCUAAGGAACUCGAGGCAAGCAAGGUCAGGGGAUACCAAGUUGUGAAAGAUUGCCUGGCUGAAAUCAAUGAUAGUAUAGAGCAACUUAGCCAGUCUAUUAAAGAACUUCAUCACCUGGGACUUGAACCUGUUGGAGAUGACUUCUUUUGGCACAUUAAUAAUGUGGAGACAUGGGUCAGUGCUGCCCUGACCGAUGCAAGCACUUGUUUGGACGAGUUUCCUGUGGGCAAGAUGAGUAAGUUGAAGGCCACGAUUAAGGGAAAGGUUCUGAAUGUCGCGCAAGCCACUAGCAAUGCACUAGCCUUAUUUCAUCGAUAUGCUACCAAGUAUAGAGCAACUCGUGCCACCAAGAAACCCUAAGGACUUUUGAGAUUGUAUGCAAGCUGCAGGAACAUUUUGUUUCGACCAAUCUUGUUUUAUGCUGGACUUAAAUUGUUCUUGUGAUGUAGUUUUAUGAAUAUAGUCGAUCAAAGGCAUGUGAAUAUGAAGUUUUGUUUCUUGUCCAAGUUUUUGUGCUUGUUCUAAUUAUGUAUAUACUUGUGCCGGGGGAUCUCAUGAAACUUUAGAGAUAAUCUAAUGUGAUGUCAAACUUUAGAGGUCCCUCGCUUGAGGCGACAGCCGAAAAGAUAGGUGAGAGAAUGAGGUACUCAAAAUUACAGAACGGAUUUAAAGGCUCGUGGAUAUAACUCCAGAUGGUUGAGUUCCUCAUAAGCCUGCCCAAACGUCAUUUGACCACCCGCAAGUUAUUGACAACAACGGAAACUCAGUAUUAGGUAUUAAUGUAGAUGUUUAUUUAUAUUUCCAUUGUUGUGACCAAGACUUUCGGUUUAAGCCCUCUUAU